AUGGACAAGGAGAAAGAUAGACUAGACGCCGGGUUGAGAUCGCUCAAUCACUACAAGCUCAGACUGCCACGAUGGCGCUACCUGUUCAGAGAACAACUCCUCCCCGUCGUGCGAUGGGAGACUCCCUACGUCGCGUGGCUUCAAGAUACCCUACGAACGCCAGCCUUUGAUACGUAUUUUGCCACAUCGGCCAAUCUGGGCACACACACAUUCUUCAUGGUCAUGCUGCCUAUUCUCUUUUGGUGUGGAAAUACUAAUCUGGGAAGAGGGAUGGUCCAUGUCCUGGCGUCCGGGGUUUUCUUUAGCGGGUUUCUAAAGGAUCUCCUCUGCCUCCCCCGACCACUCUCUCCGCCGCUGACCCGAAUCACCAUGUCUGGGUCUGCCGCUCUAGAGUAUGGCUUUCCCUCCACGCAUUCGACCAAUGCCGUGUCGGUCGCGCUUUACUCACUUUACCUCCUCCGGCAAGAAACCAACAACUUCAACCCGAGCCUCAACUUUGGUCUGCAGAUUCUAGCCUACUUCUACGCCCUUUCGAUUGUCCUGGGCCGGCUGUACUGCGGUAUGCACGGGUUUUUUGACGUCCUUUGGGGAAGCAUUCUCGGCGCCCUGAUAGCUCUUGUUCAAUGCUUCUACGGCGAGGCGUUUGACGACUGGCUCCAUGCGGGCGACUUGAAACGAGUCGUGCUUGUGGUACUAGUCAUCUUGGUCCUGGUUCGCAUUCACCCUGAGCCGGCAGAUGACUGCCCUUGUUUCGACGACAGCGUCUCUUUCGCUGGAGUCUUCAUCGGCUGCGAAUACGCCGUUUGGCACUUUGCCCGCUCCUCCUAUGCCUGGCCAACUCCGGCGCAAGGGACCAUCCCCUUCGAUCUCGAAAAAUUGGGUUGGGCCAUGACUUUGGCGCGCAUUGUACUCGGAGUACUGGUGAUCUUUGCAUGGAGGGGCAUCAUGAAGCCGACCUUGCUUAAGAUACUUCCACCGAUAUUCCGUGUCAUCGAACAAUUUGGACUCACCUUACCACGACGAUUCUUCAAACCGGCUUCGGAGUACGAAACCAUUCCACGGCAACCCAACGACGACAAUGUCAUCCCGCCGGCGCGGGACAUUCCGCACCUGUUGUCAUCGUUCCGACGCAGAAGGGCCAUCUCGGUUGGGCCCCAAUCCGAGGCCGACGCGUACGAAACAUUGGCCUACCGUGACAAGAAAAGAAGGGACAGCAAAAAUGCGCUUGAUGCCCUGACUCCAGCAAUGGAAGGCUCGCCUUCGCCCUCACCCUCACCGGAUCACAGCUACUUUCAGAACAAAGACGCGGUUGCGGGCAGAAAGCGAUCUAGCAGCCUCGAGAUGUUCCGAGCACAGAUGGGUACAGGAAUGGAAACAUUGUCACCGGUUCCUGCGGCCUCGCCCGCAGACGGAAAAUCGCGCACUCCAGAGGAAGCUCAAGCAAUGGAUGAGUUACAGGAACAGCAGAUAUUCUUGAGCAUUCAGCAGCCUCGAGUCAGAUAUGAUGUGGAGGUGGUGACCAAGCUCAUUGUGUAUUCGGGGAUUGGUUGGUUGGCAGUCGAGGGCGUCCCGGUUCUCUUUAAACACCUCGGAUUGAGUGUAAGCUGA